GUUUGUUAUUCAAUGAGACAUCUUUCACUUAUUAAGCCGUUAUUUAUCAUUUAAGCGUCUUUGCAAAUGUACGGUAGUGGCAGAAAUUACUGUAUUUAAGCAACUGGAUAAUACUGUUAUCAAGCAUGGUGCACACAAGUUUAGAUAAAAUUAUUUCACUACAGCAAAACACAUCAAAUAUACGGAAUAUAUGUAUUUUAGCACACGUGGAUCAUGGUAAAACCACCCUAGCAGAUUGCUUGGUAGCCAGCAAUGGUAUUAUAUCCAAUCGAUUAGCAGGAAAGUUGAGAUAUCUGGACAGCAGAGAGGAUGAACAAAUACGAGGAAUUACUAUGAAAUCUAGUGCAAUAUCAUUGCAUUAUGCUACUGGUGGAAAUGACUACCUCAUCAAUCUGAUUGAUUCACCUGGUCAUGUGGACUUCUCCUCUGAAGUGUCAACUGCAGUUCGAUUAUGUGAUGGGGCCAUUGUUAUUGUGGAUUCUGUGGAAGGAGUUUGUCCUCAGACACAAGUGGUAUUGCGACAAGCAUGGCUUGAAAACAUCCGCCCAGUGUUGGUGAUCAAUAAAAUAGACCGGCUAAUUGUGGAACUGAAGCUUACUCCACAAGAGGCCUAUACACAUCUCCAGAAAAUACUGGAACAGGUAAAUGCGGUGACGGGCUCUCUAUUCACCUCUAAAGUUUUGGAAGAACGGGCAGAGAAGGACACGGAGAAGCAGGGGACCAGUGAGAGCAGCAGCGGGGAACAGAUUUAUGACUGGAGUGCAGGGCUGGAGGAGACUGAUGAUUCUCACCUGUACUUCUCUCCUGACCAAGGCAACGUGGUCUUUGCCAGCGCCAUCGAUGGAUGGGGCUUCAGCAUCCAACAGUUUGCACAGAUGUACUGUCAGAAAAUGGGGAUUAAGUCUGAGGUUUUGCUGAAGACGCUGUGGGGAGACUUUUACCUCAACGCCAAGGCAAAGAAGAUCAUGAAGGGUGCUCAGUCCAAAGGGAAGAAGCCUCUGUUUGUUCAGCUUGUCCUUGACAAUAUCUGGAGUUUAUAUGAAGCUGUUGUCAUCCGAAGGGACAAAGAGAAAGUGGAAAAGAUGGUGGCCUCUCUGGGACUGAAGGUUGCGUCGAGGGACGCCCGGCACUCCGACCCCAAAGUGCUCCUGAGCGCCAUCUGCAGUCAGUGGCUCCCCGUGUCCAACGCAGUGCUCACAAUGGUGUGCAAUAAACUGCCCAGUCCACUGGACAUGGAGGCUGAGAGGGCGGAGAAGCUCAUGUGUUCCGGAGCGAGGAGGUUCGAAUCCCUUCCUGAAAAAACCCAGGAGCUCAAGACCGCCUUUCUGGAAUGUAAGAACGAUGAGUCAGCUCCAGUCAUUGUCUUUGUGUCCAAGAUGUUUGCUGUUGACUCGAAGGCCCUGCCUCGAAACAAGCAGAGGCCGCUGACACAGGAGGAGAUCGCCCAGCGCAGAGAGGUUGCCAGACAGAAGCAUGCGGAGAGGCUCGCAGCCAAUCAGGGAGCUAACCAGGGAGCGGAGGACCCCGAGCAGGCCCCGGCCAGAGCCGCGUCGCAGACUGCCCCGCCCACCGGGGAGAAGAGCGCAGGCGGCGAGGUGGCGGCGGCGGCUCCGGCGGAAGCUCCCACGCCGGCGCUCAGGCUCGGACGGCCGGCGGUGGAGGAGGAGGAGGAGGGCAGGGAGCACUUCGUGGCCUUCGCCAGGGUGUACAGCGGGGUCGCCAGGCGGGGGCAGCGCGUGUUUGUGCUGGGCCCCAAGUUUGACCCCAGCCAGGCCCUAAACACGCUGCCGGAGGGGUGUUGCGCCUCAGACGAUCUCCCGCCGGUCCCGCACAUGGCCUGCUGUACCCUGGAGAGCCUCUAUCUGCUGAUGGGGAGGGAGCUGGAGGAGCUGAAAGAGGUCCCCUCAGGCAAUGUGCUCGGUAUUGGUGGGAUGGAGGAGUGGAUCCUGAAGUCUGCUACCCUGUCCACAUCCCCAGCCUGUCCCGCCUUCACCCCUCUCAACUUUGAGGCCACCCCCAUCGUACGAGUGGCCAUCGAACCCAAGCACCCGAGUGAGAUGCCCAAGCUGGUGAGGGGCAUGAAACUGCUGAACCAGGCCGAUCCGUGUGUGGAAGUUCUCAUUCAGGAGACGGGGGAGCACGUCCUGGUGACGGCCGGUGAAGUCCACCUCCAGCGCUGUCUGGAUGACCUGAGAGAGAGAUUCGCAAAAAUUGAGAUUAGCGCUUCCGAGCCGAUCAUUCCUUUCCGAGAGACGGUAAUCCGGCCGCCCAGAGUGGACAUGGUGAACGAAGACCUGGGGAGGCAGCAGAAGGUCGCCGUGAUCCACCAGGCGAAGGAGGACCAGUACAGGGUUCCCGAGGGGCUGCAGGUGGACUCCGGCGGCCUUGUCACGCUCACCACCUCCAACAAGCUGGCCACCAUCGGGAUCAGGGCCCUCCCGCUUCCUGAGGAAGCCACCAGGCUGCUGGAGGGGAACAGCCACCUCAUCCGAACAAUGGAGCAGUUCAACCUGUCCGUGAAAGAGGGCAAGACUCUGGAGAUCAACCGGAAAACGCUGGAGUCCAUCCAGGACUUCAGGGAGAGGCUGGAGGCUCAGCUGCAGGGGUGGAAGUGGAGGAACGCCGUCGGCCGCAUCUGGUCUUUCGGCCCGCGGCGGUGCGGGCCCAACGUUCUGCUGAACAACCUGGAGGACUACCAGCGGCCGUCGGUGUGGCAGUGCCUGGAGAAGGAGAAGCCCGAGGCGGGGGCGUUCCGCGACUUCGACAGCUGCAUCGUCAGCGGCUUCCAGCUGGCGGCGCUCUCGGGCCCCAUGUGCGAGGAGCCCCUGAUGGGCGUGUGCUUCUCACUGGAGAAGUGGGACAUGAAGUUCUCGCCGCCGCCGCCACCGCCUCCCCGCCGGGACUCGGCCGAGGAGGAGGAGGAGGGCGCCUCCCGCGACGCGCCGUGGCCCCUGAGCGCGGACGCCGACGCGGAAGAGCGCCCCCGAGAGGCGCGCGAGCCCGACCCCGCCCUGUCCGGCAGGCGCAGGAACGAGGGGGCCGCCGCCGACUGCUACGGGCCCAUCUCAGGGCAGCUCAUCGCGGCCGUGAAGGAGGGCUGCCGGCACGCCUUCCUGGCCAGGCCCCAGCGCCUCAUGGCCGCCAUGUACACCUGUGACAUCAUGGCCACGGCCGACGUGCUUGGUCGCGUCUACGGCGUGCUGUCCAAGCGGGAGGGCCGUGUGCUGGCGGAGGAGAUGAAGGAGGGCACCGAGAUGUUCAUCAUCAGGGCCGUGCUGCCCGUGGCCGAGAGCUUCGGCUUCGCCGACGAGAUCAGGAAGCGCACCAGCGGCCUCGCCAGCCCGCAGCUGGUCUUCAGCCACUGGGAGGUGAUCGCCGGCGACCCCUUCUGGGUGCCCACCACCGAGGAGGAGUACCUGCACUUCGGCGAGAAGGCCGACUCGGCCAACCAGGCCCUCAAGUACAUGAACGCCGUGCGCAGGCGCAAGGGGCUCUACGUGGAGGAGAAGAUCGUGGAGCACGCCGAGAAGCAGAGGACGCUGGGCAAGAACAAAUGAGCCCCGCCCCCACCCCGCCCCGCCCCGCCCCGCCGGAGGACGCGAACGAGCCGGGAGGCCUGGGCUCACGUCCCUGUGUUCACAGACAGGGCUCCGGGCCGUUAAACUCCAGUUUUAAUAAAGCCAUUGGACCACAAUGGAUGUUCAUCACUGACCGAUUAUUUAACACUAUUUUGUUGAGCUAUUUAUGAAAUGUACAAAAAUAGAUCGUUUUUCCCCCCCUCCUGGUUUGCUGUAAUACGUUUAGCAUUGAGGGUGUUGAUUGAUUUUGUUAUAAUUCUGAAGGCAGCCAGGUUCUACUUGUCUGAGCAUCAUCCGGGCGUCGGAUUGGAUUGACAUCCGCGCUGCCGCUAAUUCCAUCUGGGCAUGGAAGAAUUUCCCCCGGUGCUGAAAAGCCGUUUUGAUUCUUUAAAUUUAUGCUGUGCGUUUGGGACGUUUUCUUGAAAGAGUCAGUUACCGUCAUGCAUAAUUGAAGAGCUUUCCUGUUGAAGUAACGUUUCGAAUUUGAGAGAAGAGUUUAGUUACUUGAAUAUUAAUUCCACUCUGUCCCAAUUGAAUUUUGUUAUGCAUGCUCUGAAGACAGGAAUUUAAUUUGGCAAACACAAAUAGGAUAUAGAUACGAAAUUAAAAGCGUUGUAAUUAUCGCCUGGGACUGAUUCUGUCAAUAUAAGCAAUCUUCCAGGUCCAACUGUAAUCAGUGGUUUCCAUAGUAGUUAUUUUUUCCUUUGAUACACUGAGGAACAGAAUGCAUUUUCAGUUUUAAAAAAAAAGCUGUUGUAAUGAACCCAACCAUCAAAAAGCUAUUUCAGAAUAUUAAAGGAGGAUUACAUUUCUAAAAGCAUAUGUACCUCACCAUGUGUAUUGAAAA